AUGUCAGAGACUAGAGAAUCUCACUCCCGCCGCGAGAUGCGUGAGGCGUUGAGGAACAUGGCGCUGAGCGUUCAGCGCCUUGGAGUUGAUGAGUUAGACCUGCAGCAACUCAAAAGCCUCAAUAUCCGCAUUGAUCUCAUGACAUUAGACGAAGCAUCGCCCCAUAAGCUAACAUUCUUUCCCUCAUCCCGUCGAUCGCGCAUAUGCGAUGAAUAUACAUCUUUCGAAUUUAUAUUUCCUACUGCGAUUGAUACGCCAAAGGGGAGGGGUCCCUUGGACUUCGAAGUGUCAGCACUGUCUUUGGCCUUCCUGGCAGCUUCUUCUCUAGCUGUUGACCCUGCUGCGGUCUACACUGGCGGAUACUCUGGGGGCGGCGUUCAGCUCCGGAUUGGCAAUGGAGGAGCUGGCCAGAGUGGCUUGAUCAAGGCUCUCGCCGAUGCCUUCAUCCAGUCCAGCGUCAAGAACGGCUCCUCUCCAUUCAAAGUGGCCUGGUACAAGAGCGACACCACCGAGUCCACCAACUACCUCAAGGACGACACCGUCGAUGUUGGCAUUACCUAUACCCCCGCUGCUGAAGAGAUCGCCAUCAAGCAGGGUGUCGCCAAAAGCCCGGCACUCAACAAGGCCGACGACAUCAAGUCCAUGUUCUCCAACAUCUAUGCCAUUGCAUCCGCUGGCGACGCGGCCAACGUCACCACUCCCGUUCACUUCCUGACUCGCUAUGACAAGUCAGCUACCAACAUCAAGGACUCCCAGCUGUGGAUUGAGAUCGGACAGGUCCCUUGGGCGACUGCAUACUCCACCUGGUAUCACCAAUACAUUGCCUAUCCCAUUCAGGCCCUGACUGCGGCCAUUCUCCUCGAGGAAUAUACCAUCACCGACCGCGGCACCUACCUCUCCAUCGACCAGGAGCUUGCCAACAAGACCACCAUUUACAAGGCUGCCACCGACGAUGCCGCCGAUCCUCUGCUCAACCCGGCGCACAUGCUCGUCGACAAGAAGGCAACCAACAUGAAGAUGGCUGACAAGUUCACUCAGUGGGUGAUCAGUGCCGAAGGUCAGGCUGUCAUCACUGGCUUCAAGAAGAACGAAAAGCAGUUGUAUACUGCUGCGCCUGCUAAUAAAACUGCUCCGUUUUAA